AUCAGCUGAUUUCUUCAAUGGAGUCACGUGAUAUUUACAACGGCCAUGUUGAAUGAAUACUAGCAGUUCAUCAAGUUUGAAAUUUCACAUGUCGAAUACAGAGAAAACGGUUGAAGAUCUACGGAGAUUGUGCAUUUUCAGAUACCCUGAUCUUAUGAGCUCAACUGAUCGGACUGAAUGCACAUUACUGCAUGCAUCUUUGAUCUAAAAUGUUCUUCCCGAAAGAUGUUCUUAUUAGAAAGGGAAAAUUUGGCAUCAUAUGGAUUGCUGCAACUCACAACACUGGGAAAUGUAAUUUCCUAACAAAGAGAGACUAUUUCAAUGUUAACGUUCCAAGGACAUGUCAUGACAUAUUACAUCCAGCAAUUCCAUUUGCACUGAGGUUAUCAUCACAACUUAUGUUUGGUGUCUCAAAGAUAUACCAAAAACAAACAAGAAUAACUUUAGAAGAGGCACAGCAAAUGUGGGUAAGAGUGAAUGAUGCAUUUGACAAGAGAAAAUCACUGGAGCUGUUUUGUACAGUUGCAAGGUUUGAUACUAUCACAAUGGGGGAUCCUGUUAGAAAUGCAACAAUGAACUAUUUAGUGGAUCCAUUUCGAGAAGACAUAAUCCCAUAUCCAGAACCAUUAUUUCUUGCAGGAGAUGCAAGUUUCUUAGAAGUGAAUGGCACUGUUGAUACCUUCUUGUCUCCAAGUAAGAACAGUGUCAAGAGCUCAUCCAGUGAGAUAAUGGCAAGCCCAAUGCAAGCAGAUAAGAAGGACAUCACGUUACCCGAACAUCUUAUUCUGUCACCAAACCAACCCAUCGAGGUUCCUGGCGACAUUGAUUUUGGACCAUAUUUAGACGAAGAUCCCUUUGAGCACCUUGGACUUGAUGCUGCCCCAUUGCCUGAAAAAGCAAACGAUAUUGCAAGAGAAAGUCAACCUCAAGGACCUGAGGAUACUGCUGAUAGACAUGAAGAGGAUGCUCCUUCUCGGUCAAAAGCUGAUGCCAUGAUACUUGAAGUACUUGAUGACGUUGUUUUAAUCGAUGCAGAUAUGGAUCUUGUCGUUGGACCAAUAACAGGAGAUGCCCCCCAGGAAAGAGAGUCUCAACAAGAGAGAAGGAAUGAAUACGAUAGACAUCGAGACGAGCCUUUGGUUUUAGCAAGGGAAAGAGCAACCAUGCGUCCUGCAAAAAGACGACGAUUGUUAAUUGAUAGAGAGAUAAAGCUAUCUGGGGAUUCAAUACGCGCCAACCUAACUAACCCGACGGAUACACUGAAACAACUGAUAAUUGGAGCACCCCAACGACUCUCCGUCAGGGAAUUAUUCUCAACGCCAGCCUGUACUUAUUUGGCAAGUGAUCGUAUUUCAGAAAUAUGGCAUGAGAACGCAAAAACUUUCCAAGACCCAACUCUACAUGAAAAUUUCAACAUUUUGAGCGAAGAAUCUGCAAUGGAAAGUCCAGAUAGGAUUCUGCGUGCAGGCAUUACUCCAACCAGCAUUGAAAUUCCACGAGCUGCAGAUGAAAUUUCAACCGAGUUUGAAAGAUCAGGAAUCAGUUCUUUAACAAUGGACUCCACCCCAGCAGAACAUGAAUCAAGCGGACAAACCCGGAAGCGAAACUUGGAAGGGGAAGAAUGGACUUUGGACCGUAGAAGAUCGAGUCAUGCGAGAGUUGAUAUUCUUUCUCCAAUUGCUGAUGAGUUCGGUGAAGAGCUUGCGGUACCUCUGGAAGAAAUAGAAGAAGACCCAGCUUUCCAAGACUCUGGUGAAGAUGGCCUUCCGUCGUUAAAACUUGACGAAUUCCUGAGAGACAUGAGGGAAGUGCUGGGUGAUCGAGAUGAGAUCCUGUUCUCGGACAUUGCGUUGCCUGGAAAAACAAAACGUAAAGCUGCAUCUAGAUCAUUCUUUCACAUUCUUUCACUAAACGCUCGUGAGGUUAUCAAAGCAAACCAGGAAGAGGUUUACGGAGAGAUCAGGAUUAACAGGGGGCGAAAAUUCUAGAAGUUUUCUCCAAAUCCAAAUUUGUUGCAAAAGAAGCAUGUGAAGUAAAACGUCGAUAUUCGAUUUUGCAGCCAACAGUUAUCGUUUAAAACAAGCACAGGCUAAACUUUGUUAUGUUUUCCAGAAGCUUAUGUUUCAGAUCCUCGGGUAUUGUAACUAUUUUGGUUUUUAAGGAUGCAUUCAAAGUGUCGUUUGCAAUCAAUAGGUAAUGCUUUUUUAAUCUGUCGCUCGGUUGGUCACAGAAAAGGCGGCUGUGGAUUCCAUCUUGAGGAAUAUGACCCGCAAAGUAGAUGAUGGAAUUGCUUAAGUAACGUUUUCUACCUCUUUUGUUAUGCUUCUUUGUCACGAAGGAGGAACAUCAAGGAAAUAUUCAAAAGACAAGAAGCAAGGAUUAAUACAUUACCAUAGAUUACGGUGCUUGUCAAGGCAGAAACGAAUUUGAAGUUCUUCAAGGAAUAAAAAAGCGAGCACUUUGCUGCAGGGUAUUAUGAAAGGGUUUUCAGAAUAGAUUCCUUAUGAUUUCAGAACAAUGACUUGUCAAACGUAGCUUAUUGUUUACCUAGAAAAACACCCCUUGCUUAUAUGCGAACUUGUAUCUACUCAUUAUUCACUUUAGCUCAAUACCAUCCACCUUAACAUAACCCGCAUUAUUAAUCCAAGCUGAUUUUUAGAUUAACAAUUUUGUUUUAAAUACUCUACAUCUCAUGAAAAUCAAUCGAGAUUUGACAAUGAUUUGACAUUUUGCAGCCAUAUUUUAUCUAACCUAAGAAAAGAAAUACUGUCGAAUAGGCAAACAUUUGUUAUUUUUAAUUCAUUUACAUUGCCUGCCGCUCAUAGUUUUGUUCAUUCAAUGUUCGUUGAAAGCAUAGUGUUCUGUUAUUGCUAACAUUUCAUGUCAUCUCGGGUUCAUUUAGAGAUUGUUUGUACAUAGUUUUAACUUUCAGAUGUACUAUAUGUUUAUAGAUAUUUUAUCGAAAAUGCACAAUAAUAUUUUAAUAUUUAAAGAAUGUUGAUAUUUUAUGCAGAGUUUAGUUCGAACAAAAAUUGUUAAUGAUUUCCUAAUGUACAUUUUGUGAAAGAAUGACGAGUGCAGAGUUUUA